CACAAUUUAUUUUCGCAAUUUUGCAUUAAUCUUUUUGACGAAAUUUCGUGGAUUACUAAGAAGAAUAGUCGAAUGAAGCAUAAUUUUGCUAUAUUAAUGUGCAACAGAAAUGGCUGAUAAUCCGAGCAGUGAUGGUUUGUCCGAAGCCGAUAGAUUAAGAGAAGAUGAACUGGCUCAAGAACUAGAACAUAGCGAUUCAAAUGAAGAGGACUCACAAGAAAUAUCUUUGGAAAUUGAAGAAAAACUUCUCAAAGAUGAACCUGAAUAUACUACCCUAACUAACUAUGGUGAGAGCGCACUUUCAACAAAUGUAGAAAGUGAAGUUAUAGAAACAUUAUCUGAUAGCUCUUUGAAUGUCGAAACAGUCCAUAAGGCUGAUGAGCAUGGCAACAUAUACAGUGAAAGUUCUGACAACUUUCUUAGCUCACAACCAGAUACAUUAACAGAUAUAACAGAUCAAUAUGAACCAUAUAUGAAUGAAUACACAUUUGACACAACAAACACAAAUGAUACAGGACAGAUAGAAACAGAAAAUGUUGAAGCAUCUGAAGCUGACAUUGAAAAUAAGGAUAUUAGUUCUGAUGUGACAGAAUUUCAACAAAACGAGUCAAAUAAUUAUGAAUCUCACAUGACGGAUGAAAUGUUGAUGAGUGAAAGAGAAAGAGAGAAAAAGAGUAAGAAGGAAUUAGAGGAGGAAGAACGUGAAAAAAUGCAAGUUCUAGUCUCAAACUUUACAGAAGAGCAAUUAGACAGAUACGAAAUGUAUCGCCGUGCGGCGUUUCCGAAGGCAGCAGUCAAACGAUUAAUGCAGACCAUUACGGGGUGCUCUGUUGGCCAAAAUGUUGUUAUUGCCAUGUCUGGUAUUGCUAAAGUUUUUGUUGGAGAGGUUGUAGAGGAAGCACUCGACGUAUUGGACAAAUCAGGAGAAGCAGGACCCCUUCAACCUAAACAUUUGAGGGAAGCCUUAAGGAGACUCAGGGUAAGAGGUGCCAUACCAUCAAGAAAAGCCCACAGAAGUUUAUUUAGGCUUUAGCAUGAUUUUGAUUAAGGUAUAUUGGUAAGUAUUAUUUUAGAUUAUAUAUAUUUUAUAGAAUUAUAGCCUGAGUUGUGAGUGUAUAGCAGACAUAGAAACUAAAAUACCACAUUUCUAAUACAAAUUACAUAAUAGAUAUAUAUAAGAAUUAACUAAUUAAAUUCAAUUAAAAAAAACAACAUAACUGUUUUUACUCCACUAUUCUGAUAGCAUACAAAUAAAUUAAAUUGUUGUCUUAUGGAACUAGUAUUUAUGGGUGUUUUUCCUUUUAUUUUAUUCCCUAACAAUGACGUAAAAUGUUAAUGUAAUUUGGAAAGUCUCAAACUAUAAUUUUACCGAAAAGGUUUUGCAAAUAAAUAUUAAGUUUUGGUUGAUAAUUAUAGUGGAAAAUGCAUAAGAUCUAUCAACGGACAAAUUCAGCUUAUAUAAAUGUUGUUUUAAGAAGAUUACUUUGAUACCAGUUCUUUUACAAUUUAUGUCACAAUUAUGACCG